ACAGAGUUUGACGUCAUGGCAAGAACCAAGCAGACCGCCCGUAAGUCUACCGGUGGCAAAGCCCCGAGGAAGCAGCUGGCUACCAAGGCUGCUCGUAAGAGCGCUCCGGCUACUGGCGGCGUCAAGAAGCCUCACCGUUACAGGCCCGGUACCGUAGCUCUGAGGGAGAUCCGCCGUUACCAGAAAUCCACAGAGCUGCUGAUCCGUAAGCUGCCCUUCCAGCGCCUGGUGCGGGAGAUCGCUCAGGACUUCAAGACCGAUCUCCGCUUCCAGAGCUCUGCCGUCAUGGCUCUGCAGGAGGCUAGCGAGGCGUACUUGGUGGGUCUGUUCGAGGACACUAAUCUGUGCGCCAUCCACGCCAAGAGAGUCACCAUCAUGCCUAAGGACAUCCAGCUGGCUCGCCGUAUCCGCGGAGAGCGCGCUUAACUUAAACGGAGCGCUCCCAGCUUUUUCCCCAAAAGUACCCAAAGGCUCUUUUAAGAGCCACCCAAGUGUUUCAGUUCAAAAGAGCAACUGUCCUAGUAACCCCCGAGUUUUUUUACGUGCUGACUUAAUUGGUCUGUGUGAGGAGGAAGCUAUGGUGCUGAUAUUCAUUCCGUCUUUGAGGUGUGUCUGUAGUGUAAAGAACUAGUUUCGAGCCUCUCCGUUAAAAUAAAGCAAAAAGAGCAGGAGUAGCUUGAGAAUGAUUGUGUAAUGAUCGGUGUGUAUAUGCGCUUGUGCAUUUAUACGAAAUUGCGCGGGAAAAUGAACCGGCCUACGGCGGAACAUUUUCUCUCCACCUCCAUUGAGAAUGAUGUAAUACGGAGAUCUGACACUGGCGUUCUGUUCCAAAACCAAAAAUAGAAAUACUGCUCUUGGACAUACAA